GAAUAUCACUGUUGUCGAGCUCCAGAGAUAUAUAUAUCGAGGUAACUUGAAAUUUUACAUACAAACGGCAUAAAACCUAUACAAACGAUCCAUUAUCCAGCAUUUAAAACCUUGGAAUACUUUAUCACAGGCUUAUAAUAGACAAAAGCCAUUUAUUCUGCAGUGACCUCAAAACACCGUUGAGAACUUGGUUUCUGGAUGUGGGAAGAGGCCCAGCUGACGUCAGGUUGCCACUUUCGGGGCCCAUUUCCUCCCAAACGGCGGGGAGAGUGACUGGAGGCAAAGGACACUGACAUAAGAAGACCACUGGUCUUUAUAUAAAAACUGGACCUCCUGUUUCAACCUAUUCUCAACGUUUUCCCUCUUCUUUUUCGUGCCAGCCAGUGGAUGAGAGAUAUAUUAGCUUGAAUAUUUCUAUAUCUGGCAUCUCGUUAGCACGUGACUUCGCGUGGGCGGUCAACAGCCACGUCAUAAUACGGUGCAGAAAACGAGUCCAAUUAAUUUGAGGGUCUUUUUGGAGAAAGAAGAAACACUGGUGGGACGUGCUUCCAACCCCCAUGCCACUUUUCAUCGUUCCCCCUGAAUGAUUAUCACCAUCUCCUCACUGUAUUGUGAGCAACCUUAGCCCUUCGACCUAGAGGGCACUUUUCUUCUUCUUUACUUUUCCGAUUUCACUUCGCCAUGUCCGAUUCGACCCUUUAUCUUUACACCUCCCUUACUGCGGGGUCGUCCCAUAUCGUCACCGCUACUGCACGAUUGGAGACGAUCCUCAAGGCCAACAAACUCCCUUUCCGCGCAAUUGAUGUAGCCACCGAUGACGCAGCCCGGAAGCUCUGGGGUCGCCGCUCCAAGGGUAGGAAGUUGCCGGGUCUGGUGAAGUUUGGCACAGUCGUCGGCGACCUGGAAGAGAUCGAAGAAUGGAACGAAUAUGGUGAGCUGAGAAUGCAGGUCAACAGCGUCGAAGAUUUUGGUGAUAGUAUUCCUGUUACGAGUACCGUGACCACCCAACCCGAGGCUGGAUCCGCUGUAUCCACGCCCGCAUCAGAACCUUCGGUACCAAAGCAGAGUACUAUCAAGAUCCAGAACCCGCCCGCGAAGGAAUCUCAGAAAGACGACUCCAUCACGGUCGCUCUGCGCCAGGCUAGCGAGGAGGCCGCCGCCAAAGCUAAAGAAAGCAAGGCUGAGAAGGUGACUCCAGCUGCUGGGCAGAAGCAGCCCCUCCCUGCUGCCGUCGAGGAGAAAAAGGAAGGAGGCGCAGAUAGUGUACGUCGGAAAUCAUCGGUUGCUCCCGAGAUCGUCGAGGGGGGCAACCCAAAGCGGCCACCUCUGGUGCCAGAGGUUGCCGCGGUGUCCUCUGCCAAUUUUCAUGCUGAUAAUGCCGAAGCACUAGGAUUAGUUGAACAUCAUCGUGGGUCCAUCGUUUCUGCCACGUCCCCGGAGGAAAAAGCAAAGGUCGCUCAGGAUAUCCGUAAGUCGAUUUCUGGCGGUCAUGCAGAGAUGUUGGAGUCGUUGCGCGACGACCAGGCGCAGAAAGCUGGUCAGGAGGAAACCAUUGAUGAAGAGUCAGAAAGUGGCGAGGAUGUCGAGGAUGCUAUGAAUCGAAAGGCAAAGAGACCAGGUUCCAAUUGAAUGGCCCAUGAUAGGUCUUUGUUGGACUGCUGCUGAUUGCUUUAUGAUACGAUGGACACGCCCGACAUUACUUUUACUCGCCCUGUUCUUUCUCCUUUCUUUUUAUUUUCUACUACCCUGUAAAGAUACCAGCGCAUUGAUAUCAGUCAUUUUUAAUCCGAUAAUUGUGAAUUUCAAAAUUUUGUG